UUUUUGGCCACCGUCUAGUCGUCGUCGUCGUCAGUAGAGUUUGAAUUCCCAACGUGAUGUGAUUAGUGGCCGCUCGCGGCUGUGGCAAAAUGUCAACUUCGGGAGGGUCCAGACGCAACGGGACCACGAAGAUCCGCGUGACACUUAUGUGCGCGAGAAGUCUGGCCAGGCAAGAUCUCUUCCGUUUGCCCGACCCGUUCGCCAAAAUAAGCGUCGAUGGCUCUGGACAGUGUCACAGCACGGAGGCUUGCAAAGCCACACUCGACCCAAAAUGGAACCAGCACUACGACUUAUAUUUGGGCAAGUCGGACGACAUAACAAUCAGCGUGUGGAACAACCGCAAAAUCCACAAAAAGCAGGGAAGCGGCUUUUUAGGCUGCGUGCGAAUAAUGUCGAACGCAAUCCAGCGGCUAAAGGACACCGGCUACCAGCGGCUGGACCUGUGCAAGGCGAACCAGGACGACCCUGAGCCUGUCAAGGGGCAGAUCGUGAUCUCGCUGCUGUCGCGCGACCUGAACAGCACGUUGCAAGGCGUGAGCCACAACGCUGUGGUGGACCAGCUGGGCGACAUCAGCUGCCCGAGCGCGUUGCCGCAGGGCUGGGAGGAGCGGCGCACGCAGAGCGGCCGCCUCUACUACGUCAACCACAACACGCGCACCACCCAGUGGGGCAGGCCGCUCAGGCCGCAGAGCAACGUCAUUCCCACCACCGACAACAACGGCAGCAGCACCAACAACGACAACGCCGCCACUCCCAACCGCGACACCAGAUCCGGCAGCACCAGAGAGAGGCGGAAUGGAAAUGCGCGGGAAGACACUACAAACGAGCCUAGGAGUAGAAAUAACACGGCGAGAAGAAGAGGUCCCAGACAUCGGAAUCAGCCCCGCGCCCAGUUGGUGCAGCCGGCAGAUCUGCCGGAAGGAUAUGAAAUGCGAACGACCCAGCAGGGCCAGGUCUACUUCUACCACAUCCCGACGGGCGUCAGCACCUGGCACGACCCGCGCAUCCCUCGCGAGUUGGCCGGCUCCAACCUGCCCGACCUGGGCGCCCUCCCUCCGGGCUGGGAGAUGCGCCAGACGUCGUCGGGACGCGUCUACUUCGUCGACCACAACAACCGCACCACCCAGUUCACGGACCCCAGACUCAACACCUCCGUCAUCCAGAGGAUCGUCACGCACCAAGGUCCGACUGGCGCUUCGCCCACCGUCAACGGAAACCCGCCCUCGAGUAGUCCGACGAUCCAGCCCCCUCCCGCGGGCCACACGCCCCCCGCGGUCCCGCCGCGGUCGUCGAACUCGUCGCCUAACGACCGGGAAAUCACGAUUUCCUCUCCCUCGGGACCCACGGGGGUUCCCAGCGGGAUCACCAAGGAGCCGAAGGAUUUGCUGUUGGACACCAGUGAGAGCCUGCCCAAGUACCGAAGAGAUUUAGUAGCCAAACUCAAGUGCCUUAGAGCAGAACUGCAUGCCUUACAACCUCAGACUGGACAUUGCAGACUAGAAAUCUCCAGGAAGGAUUUUUUCGAGGAGUCUUACCGGCUUGUGAUGAAAAUGCGUCCGAAAGAUAUGCGCAAAAGACUUAUGGUUAAGUUCCGCAACGAGGAAGGGCUGGACUACGGCGGCGUGGCUCGCGAGUGGCUUUAUUUGCUGUCGCACGAGAUGCUCAACCCGCAGUACGGCCUCUUCCAAUACUCAGGAGACGAUAACUACACGCUGCAGAUCAACGCCGACAGCCACAUCAACCCGGAGCACAUAUCCUAUUUCCACUUUGUGGGCCGCGUGAUCGGAAUCGCUGUUUUUCACGGGCACUACAUCGACGCCAGCUUCACCAUGACCUUCUACCGGAUGUUGCUGAACAAGCCCAUCAGCCUGGACGACAUCGAAGACGUCGAUCCCGAGCUGCACAGGAGCCUCGUCUGGAUGCUGGCUAAUAACAUUUCCAACGUGAUCGACACGACCUUCUCGGUGGAGCACAACAGCUUCGGCGCAUUGAAGGUCCAUGAGUUGAAGCCUGGCGGCAAAGAUAUUCCAGUCACCGAAGAGAACAAGUUUGAAUACGUUGGGUUAUAUGUUAACUACCGGUUCACGCGAGGGAUCGAGCAGCAGUUCGCGGCGCUGCGCAACGGAUUUUCGGAGCUGGUGCCGAACGCGAUGCUGCGGCCGUUCGAGGAACACGAGCUGGAACUCGUGAUCGGCGGGCUGGGCAGCAUCGACGUCGAGGACUGGAAGCAGAACACGCGGCUCAAGCACUGCACGCCGGACACGCCGGUCGUCAAGUGGUUCUGGCAAAUUGUCGAGAUCUACAGCGCCGAGAUGCGCGCCCGCCUCCUCCAGUUUGUCACCGGCAGCUCCAGAGUGCCGCUGCAAGGCUUCAAAGCGUUGCAAGGAUCGACCGGUGCCGCUGGUCCUCGCCUUUUCACCAUACAUGUGAUCGACGCUCCGACGGAGAACUUGCCGAAAGCACACACGUGCUUCAACCGGAUCGACAUCCCUGCUUACCCGUCGUAUCAAAAGAUGUACGAGAAGCUGACCCAGGCUGUAGAAGAAACGUGCGGAUUCGCCGUUGAGUAGUCUCUUUUAACUUUGGAAGGUUCUUUUUACGACUGAUAAACAAACAAAAAAAUUAUAUAAAAAUGGACUCGGAAACGAACGACGCGUCAGCUGUGCAAGAUUUUUGUGUUCAAAGUCGAAAUUUUCACCACAAAGACCAGUUGUUAUUAGUGCAAUAACACGUUGUUGAUGUAAAGCAUAUCACAGUUUUACGAAUUAGAAUUGAGUUUUAAAAACAGGAAUUUUAGCGGCCUCUAAAAAUUCGCUGAUUGAAAUUAUAGGGUUAAGUGUCUAAAGAGGUUUUGUCUAACCAUUGGUAAUCGCAGAAUCGUGAUAAAAUUUUACAAAUAAUGAUGAAAACACGUUAAUUAAAGAGAAAGGCAGCAAGAAUUCUUAGCUGGAAGAAUCCUGGAUGCUGAUUGGCUGACCAAAUAUGCAUGGUUGCCUAGCAACAAUUCGGGUUGGGAACAGCCAAUCAGCGUUGAAAAUUUUUUAAUUUCAGCACAAUUUGAAUGUGUUUCCACUAGAAUAAAUCGAUAGACCAGCUCUUUUAGAUAAAUUCCUUUCGCAGAUCACUUACUAAUGAGUGGAACACGGAUUAUUUUGUGUCUUAAAUAUUGGUCUAUCGUUUAAAAACACGCAAAUCUAAGAAAUCUGCAAGAAUUCUCUGCCAGAAGAAUCCUCAACGCUGAUUGGCUGACGCGAAACGCAUGUAAAAAGUUCCAGCGGUUGCCUAGCAACAACGCUAAAGUGUUGAGAAUUGCGCGGGAAGUACUGACGUGCGCGUUCGUCAGCCAAUCAGCGUCGAGAAUUCUUCAAGUUGAGAAUUUUUGAAAUAUAGCACAAUUUGAAUGUGUUAUUUCUGCUAGGAUAAAUCGAUAGAUCGGCUCUUUAAAUUAAUUCCUCUCGCUGAUUACUUAUCAAUGAGUGUAAAAAGGAUCAUUUUUUGUCUCAAGAGUUGGUCAAUAGAUUAAAACACGCAUAUCAAAGAAAUCAGCAAGAAUUCUCUGCCAGAAGAAUCCUCAACGCUGAUUGGCUGACGCGAAACGCAUGUAAAAGUCCCAGCGGUUGCCUAGCAACAGCGCUAAAAUGUUGAGAAUUGCGCGGGAGAUGUUAACGUGCGCGUUCGUCAGCCAAUCAGCGUCAAGUUAAAAAUUCUUACUGCGUGUUUGUUUUUAUUCGCAAUUAAAUCAAGUUUUAAUGCAAUUUUGCGAUUAAAAAUCGAUAGAACAACUGCUCCGUCAGUCUACCGCCUUCAUUGGUAUCUAAAAAUGAACAAAAGUCAUUUUUAUAGCGUUCUUUUGGCGCCAAAAAUUAUAUCCGCGAAUUUUGCGAGGCCGCGCGCGUAUCUCUUUUAAGAUCCGUAGACAAUAAUACGAUGUACUGUACUGCCCUCGAUUACCUCUCACUUCUAGAGGCAGCUGCACACACACACACACUCACACACACACACACAUAUUUUUACCGGGCACAAUCGUCUGUUCACGCACUGCUCCCGCCAUUGUAUGUCCCAAGUGAAAAUAUACACAUCUCCACUACGCUACUUUUAUCUCUUCGAGUAAAUUCUAAACAAUAUAUUUUAUCGCCUUUUACCCACGGUAUAUAUAAAAUGUGAAUAAAAAAAGAAAGAAGCAAAAGUGAAUUGCAUGAUAUUUGUGAUGAUUCUAUAUCCUACGUCUUACUUAAAGCUGAGAUUUUGCUGCAGGGUUCGGAUUCGGACAGGUGUUUUAGCAAGUGAAUGAAUGAGAUAUGAAAAUAAUAAAAAAUAAAAUAUAUAUUUAUCAAAGAGCGCCUCAGACUGUUUUCAAUUAGUGUGUGAUAGCCUUGCAUGAAUUUACGGAUUGCGUGCCCUGCGGUUCUAAAAUAAUAAUAAUUAUUAUUAUUAUAAUCCUCCGUCCAUUCUCAUUGAAUCGAACGAUCGAAAUAUGUAUCUGUACACGCCACACCCCUUCUGCCUAAUAAGUUAAUUAUGUACCACUGUGAAUAUUUGCUGCCUUUUGCACCAAUGAUGCCGACAAUCAUUAUAUUCUUGUUUUAUUUAAUAUUAUUUUGUACUGCAUUAUUAAAUCAUGUAUUUUAACUACCAAUAAAAUGCUUGAAAGUAAAGCUAUCAAA